AUGACUAAACAAUGUCACGACAAAAACGACUAUAGUUUUCAUCACCAUCAUAGUCAACUCAGCAAUCAUGGAGGGGACGACCUUUCGCAAUCUAGGUUGGCUGCCAAGGACCUGGUCUUGGACGUCCUGAAGAAACGCGCCGCCGAGGUGGACGUGGACCGGUGCGGCCCUGGUGAAGAAGAUGCCUUUUAUGUGGCCGACAUGGGGGAGAUCUACCGACAGCAUCUUCGCUGGAAAAUGAACUUGGGUCGCGUCAAGCCUUUUUACGCGGUCAAGUGCAACCCCGAUCCGGAGAUCCUUCGUCUCAUGGCCAAGCUUGGAAACGGUUUCGACUGUGCCUCCAAGGCGGAAAUCGACCUGGCCCUCGAGACCGGCAUCGAUCCCAGCCGCAUCAUCUACGCGCAGCCCUGCAAGACCAAGUCCUAUCUGCGCUAUGCCGCCAAGGUGGGCGUCAAGCAAAUGACUUUCKAUAAUGCCGACGAGCUCUACAAGAUCAAGGCCUGCUACCCAGACGCGGAGCUCUACCUGCGUAUCCUGACCGAUGACUCGACCAGCCUGUGCCGGCUCAGCAUGAAGUUCGGUGCCUCCCUGGACAUCGCCCGUCAGCUGCUUGAACUUGCGCACGAGCUCGAGCUCAAGGUCGUCGGGGUGAGCUUCCACGUGGGCUCCGGUGCCGAGGAUCCCCGCGCGUUCCUCAAGGCCGUGCAGGAUGCUCGUCUGGUCUUUGACCAGGCCGCGGAGGUGGGCCACGAGCUCCACACUUUGGACGUCGGAGGUGGUUUCUGCCAGGACACCUUUGAAAAGUUUGCCGGCAUCCUGAGCGAGGCGCUCGACACGUAUUUCCCGCCUCACAUUCGUAUCAUUGCCGAGCCCGGCCGCUACUACGUCGCCAGUGCCUUCACCCUGGCGGCCAAUGUCAUUGCUCGCCGCGAUGUGCGCGACCCCGAGGACCCCGCCAACGAUGCCUACAUGCUGUACCUGAACGACGGCGUGUACGGCAAUUUCUCCAACAUCAUCUUCGACCACCAGCACCCCGUGGCCAAGAUCUUGACUUGCUCCGGCGAGACCCAGCCGACCGCUCUGAAUGCUGCGACUUCAGAGGGCAUCGCCUACUCCAUCUGGGGUCCAACCUGUGAUGGUAUCGACGUCAUCACCCAGCGGAUUGUUCUGCCUGGUCUGUUGAACGUCGGCGACUGGCUGUACUUUGAGGAGAUGGGCGCUUACACCAAGUGCAGCGCCACCCGGUUCAACGGCUUCUCGGACAACCACGAGGUGAUUUACAUCUCGAGCGAAGCCGGUGCAACUGCUCUCCUGGAGUAUUAG